AUGAUGGAGCAAACGAUCACUUUGCUGCGAGAGCCACCAUUGGCCGACACGGCCGCUCCAGCACAGAAACGCCGGAAGCUCCGCAAGGGCACCCAGAGCUGCUGGGAGUGCAAGCGGCGGAAGGCCCGAUGUACUUUCUCCAUUGACACCCCGGACACUUGUGAUGGAUGCAAGCGCCGCGGAAGCGACUGCGUCAGUCAGGAGACCACAGACGAACCACCGCCUCCUGCUGGAAGCAACAAACACAUCGUGGACAGACUUGGCCAUGUAGAGGCUCUAGUCGGACAAUUAGUCAAGGCCGCACGUCAGACCGGCAGUCUUGACCUGCAAAGAACUCGUCCAUGGGGUUCUAGAGAAGAACCAAGCUCGCCGGAGUCGCCAGUUGAUCCAUCUGGCAGUUGCGAUCAUCACUCCUCGCAAUCGAGUUUAAGCGGAUCAGUUGAUCUCCAUCAACAUUCUUCGGAGAAAGACACUUCACAAACUUCUGUUCCGUCCCAAGACGACGCCAAAAAUCCAGAAUCACAUGAUGAUCUGUCUAAGGGGCUCCUCAAGGCAUGGCCAAAACAAAAGGACUUGGACAUUAUCCUGGGGAUACCAGUACAGACAUCGCAGAUCAUUCGAGCCGUAACUUGCACUAGAGUGGACACAAACGGCUCGGAGCUCCCGUCACCAAAAGCCCUCCUUCAACUACCGCCGCCUGGGUCACAUCCGACUCUGAUCGCCAGAAAGCUUCUCGUACUCGCCACUUUUCUCCAAGGUAUACCGGAGUCGCUCGCCCAUCAUUUGAACAAUCUCAGCACUUCAUACGAAGAGAUCAUGAGCCAAGCUGUGAAAACAGUCCACAAACUGGUAACGAGCAAUGACGAAUUGGUAACCUCGCUCGAGGGCAUCGAGUGUAUCUUGCUCGAGGCCUUGUACAAGAAUUACGCGGGAGAUCUGCGACAGUCUUGGCUUGCCGCCCGUCGCGCCAUUACAAUCGCGCAGAUGCUGGGCAUGGAUCGGGGCGUGACCCCCUUGUCUCUGUCCGGCUCUACGAUCGAACCCGAAGACAUGUGGUUCCGGCUGGUUCAGUUCGACCGCUACAUCGCUCUCAUGCUGGGUCUGCCUCACACAUCUGUUCGAGACAGCUUCGCCACCCCAGAGGUUCUCGAAAACCACACCGCCUUAGAACGCUUGCUGCGUCUUUGUUGCGUCGCCUGCGGCCGAAUACUACAGAGGAGCUAUGCCGACAUGUACGAUCCCGAAACUACCAAGGAGAUAGACAAGUUACUCCAAGACGCUUCGACCGGUAUGCCGGCUCAGUUCUGGGUGAUCCCCACGAUUCCGUCAUCAAACGAAGUCAGCAAAAUCCGUGAAACGCUACGUUUCAAUUAUCACUUUAUGCAUUAUCAUCUCCUCUUACAACUCCAUCUACCAUACCUGCUGCGACCGAGAAGCGAACAACAGUAUGACUACAACAGGAUGACCGCCGUGACGGCAAGUCGCGAGAUGCUGUCGAGGUUCAUGUCCUUUCGCACGUUACAAGCUGCGCGCUUUUACUGCCGAGGAAUCGAUUUGAUCACUUUUCUAGCUUCAACGGCUUUAUGCUUGGCGCAUGUCUGUGAUCGGAGUCAGACUAAGGCCGAUGACAACGGGUUUCAUUUCCUCGCGCACCAGCGGUUGAGCGAUCGCGGCAUUUUGGAGCAGGUUUUAGAGACUAUGCAAAGUAUUUCGCAGUCGAAGAACGAUACCAUCUCGAAGAGGGUUGUCGGGCUACUUCAGUAUCUCCUGGUCAUCGAGGAAGACGCGGCAGCAGGGACCAAACAGCGGAGUCUCUCAUCUAGAUCAGGUCAUGUCGGUAACCGGUGA